AUGGCUCCUGUGAGCGGAGAUCAGGAGCGAUCCUCGACGGAGGUGAGGGUGCCUGGAGACACUCAGGCCGAAGGCAGUCACGGGACAGAGAUCGAGGUCUCUAGAAUCCUCAAGAGGUUUGAAGACGCGCUGAAGAAGGCACAGGAGACGCCGGAGAAGGUCAUGAACCUCCAGAAGAAGCUGGACUUGGCCGAGCACGAUGCCAAGACUGCCGGCAUUCGAGCCGACGAGGCGGCCAAGCGCGAGACUCGGAAUCGGGCGGAACACGCCAAGCUCCUACAGGAGUCGGACGAGCAGAACAAGAAGCUGUCCAAGGAACACGAGAAGCUCCAGGCAGAGUACAAGGAAAUGAGUGAGAGCAAGCACAAGCUGUUUGUAGAGAACAUGACCCGCAGGAUCACCAAUGAGUCAUUCGCCGACGCCAUGAAAGAGUUCUCUAUUGUUGAGGAGAAAUUGAAGCAGGCGACGAAGGAGAAAACUGAUCUCGCCGAGAAGUUGCGCCAAGCCGAGACGGCGCGUGGAGAGGCCGACAACGAACUGGGCCGUCUGAAAGAGACGCUGACCUCGAUAGAGGCUUAG